UUCAGCAGGCUAUCAGGGUUAGAAAUGUACUCCUAUGUAUUCCUAGUGUAUACGGUAUACCUAGUUAUAUUUACCGAUCAAAUGUAUUGCUGCACAAAGCCAUUGAGAUGAGAUCUGCUGCACCUGCAACAUGAGUCCUCGGCAGCUACUCUCCGUGCUGCUGAUCUCGCUGCUGUCCACCCAUCCGCCUACCGGCGUUUCGUCCCUCUCCUUCAGCUAUGACUUCUCCUCCCAGCCUCACUACAACACUAAAGAUCUCAGCCUCUUCUACCUGAAGACGACCACAAGCAUCCUCGAUCUCCAUGGCCGCCUCCAUGGAGACAGUACUACUACCGUGUGGAGCAAAGGAAUCCGGAGCGUCGGCAGGGUGCUUCACACGCAGCCCGUGCUGCUCUGGGACAACGCCACCGGCGCUGCCGCGAGCUUCACCAUGACCUUCUGCCUCAGAACGCAGCAGCAGACCGGCGCCGGCGCCGGCGGCUCUCCUCCUCGCAUGUCUGUGUUCCUCGUGCCUUACUACCCGUCGAGCAACAGAAACAGCAGAAGCGUUACAACGGACGGCGAUGAUCAGAUUGAGGAGGUCGAGUUCGAGACUACACUAAUAGCACGGUCGUCGUCAAUGUCACAUCCAUCGUCGUCUACAAGCUGCAGAUCAUCAACACCACCGUGGUCACUGGCCGGAGACACCAACCACGGAUCGGCCGGCGGCGGCGAAGGCACAGUGUUCGUGCAUAUUGGAUACGACCACAGAACGCAGGUGCUAACAAAAUCUGUCCGGAUCGGCGGCGCGCCCUGCAGAAGCAUCAACUCGACUGUUGAUCUGAGGAGAAGCUUGCCGAGCGAGGUGGCCGUCGGCUUCUCGUCGACCACCGGCCACCCGAUUCAGCUGCACAACAUACUGCUCUGGUCGUUCAAUUCCACGCUAGAAACGAAGACACGUUCUUCCCCUUUGACGCAGCCUGAUGAGGAGACUCUAGUUCAUCAGGCACCGGUAACUUCUAACGAGAGACGAUCCUUUGUUUCCUGGAAGCAGCUGCUGGUCCGUUUGGAUCCUUGGAACCGGUCCGUGGAAUUGGGUUUGGGGUUCCAGUUCUUCGAGCGGAGUUGGGUUCGGCUAAAGUUGGUGCUGAAUUCUAAUUUCAACAUAUCUCUAGAGUAUGGCAUCGGAAACGAGUGGGAUUAGAAUUUGAAGCCCAACUCCACGCGCUGGUUGUAUCGCACUUUAUUUAUUCGGAAUUGCUAUCUGUCAUGUGACAGAUUUUAGAGUUGGAUAAUAAAUUUUUGGAUA